ACGCCGGUGAUGCUGGUGAUGGUGGUCGUCGCGUUAUGCCGGAGCGUCGCGCUGUAGGACCAGUAGUAUCGUAGCGAGCGCAUGUGAGGUUGAAUUUAAUUGAUAUUCUUAACAGAACGAGCACGUGCCGGAUAGCUGGUCACGAUGAGGAGAUUCAACAUUUUGUUCUUGCUCGCCGUUUCGGCGAUCGCGCUCACGGUGAACGCAGGAUUUGGCGUUUAUGCUCAAGAAGAUGAGAACAUCGACGAUAUUGUCGAUGUGGAAGGUGAAGAAGGUAAUGUGAUAACUGAUGAGGAAACGGAGGAGGAUACAAGUAAUGCUUCAUCCGAUGCUGACACAACAAUACUUUUCACAAAACCUGUACACAAUUCAUUAUCCACUCUUGAAUUACCAGCUGGACAUAUAGUAGAAUUCCUCGUCAGCUUCAUUAACAAGGGUGAAAAUGAUUUCGUUCUUGAGACGUUAGAUGCGUCCUUCCGUUACGCGAUGGACUUCAAUUUCCAUAUUCAGAACUUUUCGACGUUCACGUUCAACAAGGUUGUGAAACCUAAGCACGAAGUUACGUUGGCUUACUCCUUCCUACCAUCUGAGAGCUUCGCCGGAAGGCCGUUCGGCUUGAACGUCAAUCUUAAUUACAGAGAUGGGAAUGGAAUUAACUACAAUGAGGCAGUGUUUAAUGAAACUGUACAAAUCAUAGAAAUAGACGACGGCCUCGACGGAGAAACCGUUUUCCUCUACGUAUUCCUCACGGCGUGCGUUAUAUUGACGCUCGUGGGAGGUCAGCAAUUGUUGUCUUCUCUAGGACGUAAAUCGCGCUCGUCUACUACUCGCAAAGCGCCGGUAGAGAUGGGCACAUCUAAUCCUAACAAUGUAGAUUACGACUGGUUGCCAAAGGAAACUCUCAAUAGAAUCAAUAAAUCUCCGAGGACUCCGAAACAGAGUCCGCGACAAAGAAAAGCGAAGAGGACAGCUGGUUCUGAUGAUUGAACUAUGUGUUAAUUAUUUAUAUACGUACAUUAUUUAAAACAGAUACAGAAAAAUCUGUAUUACGUAAAAGGGAUGCAAUAAUUUUUCUGUUUUUCUGUUUUAAAUAAGAAGAGUCGCAGUGCUAAGGUCUCUAAAGCGUAAACGAGAAAUAUCUGGCUCCAAUAAGUAACGCAGAAUUUUUAUCGAUAUUUCAGAGACGAUAUGACAGACAAAACUAUGCAGUUAUGUACCGUGAUAUUACAGGGACAUGCCUAUUCCUGUAAUAUACACGCGUACAUUCAAGACAGACAACAGCGUAACAGGGAGACUUGAUAAUAAUGUUUUUGCACUGAAUCUACAUAUAGAGUCACUGUACUUAGCGUAAAUUAGCUUUGAGUUUUCUCCGAGAUAAUUCAUCUCUUGUGCAGAGUGUUAUUAUUAUCAUUAUUAUUAUUAUUAUCAUACGAACAAUGUGAAUGCAUGUGUGCGUAUCGUAACAGAAGCGAGAUUGUGAUUGUUCUGUAAUUGUAUACUGAUGUAUUCAAUAAACGCGCAAUUUUGUACAAA